AUGAGCAAUGAGCAGCCCGGCACCAGACUGUCCAAUGCCAUCCCGCUAGUCGGCGCCAAGAAGCUGGUCAACGGCAGCACUGUGGGCUACCCAGACACCCGCCUGUCUGGCUGCGCUGACCCGGCCGACUUCAACAACAAGACUUUCGGGGAUGGCGCCGACAUCAUCUACAAGUACACCGUGCCCUUCACCGGCGUGGUCAGCAUCCAGGCCUGCAGCAACGCCUUCCAGGCCACCCUCACUGUUGUGGGCAACGGCGUGGAGGAGGAUGGCACCCCCAUCGUGAACGGCAACCUUAUCUGCGGCUACUUUGACAGCUGCUCCACCGACAACCCCGAUUUGCUCGACCCCACCUCCCAGACUGUCCUGGACGUAACUCAGGGCCAGGUGCUGUUCAUUCUGAUCACCGGCCAGGAGGCUACCGACCAGGGCCCCUUCCGCCUGCUGGUGGAGACCCUCAAGCCUGGCGCGGGCGAGUUUGCCGCCACCUACCUCGGCUCUAACCCCAAGUACACCAAGGCUGGCAUCACCACUGGCAUGCCCAACACCUACACCGCCGGCUGCACCACUGGGUCUGAUGGCCCCGACAUGUGGUACUCUUACAGUGCCAACGUCACCGGCCUGCUGCGCGUCAAGGCCUGCUCUGCGGGCUUCGGCCCCUCUGUGGUGAUCCGCACCGACGCCUUCUCCUCGUCUGGCGGCGGCAUCGCGCAGCUGCCCGGCUGCGGCUCCUGCGACAUCCCGCUCGUUGUGUCGAUCAAGCAGGAUGAUUUCGUCUACUUUGUGGUCUCCGGAUCUGGUCCCACUGACAAGGGCGCCUUCACCCUGACGGUGGAGAACACACGCCUGCCAACGACUGGCACCAAGUUCAGCAAUGCCAUCGACCUGGGCUCCACCAAAAAGGUUGUCAGGAACGGCUUGAGCAGCCUGACCUACCCCGACACUAUGCUGUCAGGCUGCGCCGACCCCGAGUACUAUGACAACAAGACCUAUGGCGACGGCGGCGACGUGAUCAUGAAGUACACCGUGCCCUUCACCGGUGUGGUCAGCAUCCAGGCCUGCAGCGACGCCUUCCAGGCCACCCUCACUGUUGUGGGCAACGGCGAGGAGGAGGAUGGCACCCCCAUCGUCAACGGCACCCUGAUCUGUGGCUACUUUGACAGCUGCUCUGCCGACAACCCCGAUCUGCUUGACCCCACAUCCCAGACCAUCCUGCCGGUGACCCAGGGCCAGGUGCUGUUCAUCCUGGUCACUGGCCAGAGUGUGGGCGACUACGGCCCCUUCCGCCUGCUGGUGGAAGACCUUAAGCCUGGCGAGAGCGAGUUUGCCGCCCUCGAGCUCGACUCCAGUGCCACCCAGGUUGUCUCUGGCGACUCCUCCAGCCUCCCCGACUCCUACACCAGCAACUGCAGCGCGGGCGCUGACGGCCCCGACGUGUGGUACUCUUACAGCGCCAACGUCACUGGCCUGCUGCACGUCAAGGUCUGCUCUGACACCUUCACCCCCACCUUUGUACUGCGUACUGACGCCUUCUCCUCGUCUGGCGGCGGCAUCGCCCAGCUGGCAGGCUGCGGCUCCUGCGAGACCCCUCUCACUGUGUCGGUCAAGAAGGAUGAUUUCUUUUAUGUCGUGGUCUCUGGCUCCGGCCCCACCGACAAGGGCGCCUUCACCCUGACCAUCGACAAUGCUCUAGCGGCUACGACUGGCACCAAGUUCAGCAAUGCCAUCGACCUGGGCUCUGCUGCCAAGGUUCUCCAGAACUACACCAGCGCCGGCUCCCCAGACAUCCUGCUGUCAGGCUGCGCCGACCCCGAGUACUAUGACAACAAGACCUAUGGCGACGGCGGCGACGUGAUCAUGAAGUACACCGUGCCCUUCACCGGUGUGGUCAGCAUCCAGGCCUGCAGCGACGCCUUCCAGGCCACCCUCACUGUUGUGGGCAACGGCGAGGAGGAGGAUGGCACCCCCAUCGUCAACGGCACCCUGAUCUGUGGCUACUUUGACAGCUGCUCUGCCGACAACCCCGAUCUGCUUGACCCCACAUCCCAGACCAUCCUGCCGGUGACCCAGGGCCAGGUGCUGUUCAUCCUGGUCACUGGCCAGAGUGUGGGCGACUACGGCCCCUUCCGCCUGCUGGUGGAGACCCUCAAGCCUGGCGAGAGCGAGUUUGCCGCCCUCGAGCUCGACUCCAGUGCCACCCAGGUUGUCUCUGGCGACUCCUCCGACUACCCUGACUCCUACACCAGCAACUGCAGCGCGGGCGCUGACGGCCCCGACGUGUGGUUCUCCUACGCUGUGCCCGCCACCGGCAACAUGACCGUGAGCGCCUGCUCUGAAGCCUUCAACCCCAAGGUGGCGCUGCGGACAGAUGCCAAGUCUGCUGGCGGCGGCGGCGUGGUGCAGUUGCCUGGCUGCGGCACGUGCGACGAGCCCCUCACGUGA